AUGUUAGUCACGGAGGGGACAAGAAGCAGUUUGAUCGAUGAGAGCAAGCACAAGCACAAGCGCACAAGCACCAAGGGUAGCCAGGUGGAGGAGGGCGUGUACGAGGCAUUUGAGGGUCUUUGGGCGAGGGUGUCGAUGGCGUUUGAGCGUCCAGGACAGGGCUCAUCGAGGGUGGGCCUAACGAGUCCACAUGAAGAACCUGGAUGA